ACAGCAUAGUAAAUAAUUGCUUGUAAAUAUUAACCGCAAAAGCAAUCAGCUGACUAAGAAAGUAGUCGCUAUAAGCAUUGAAAGAAUUGAAAAAGUUUGAAUACACUGCUGUGCUUCAAUUUGAUCAUGAUCACGAUAGUCAUCCGUGCAGCAUACUCCAAGUUUAAAUCCAUCAGAUAAAAUGAUUCGCUUUUCGCUUUAUAAACUGGUUAUGCUGUUGUUUUUCAUCAUUGCCUUCUACUACAUAGCCCGGUGGCAAAUUGUUUUACAUAAUGGUAACGAGUCACACCUCCAAAGAUUUCUGCACACAUGCAACGUUUCGGAGGCUUAUCGGAACGAGUUGGAGCAAUUAUUCCAUAGAGUUCACGACAUUCUUGAUCGCCACGGCGUAACGCACAUCUUGUGCUAUGGAACACUCUGGGGUCAAAUUCGUAUGGCAAAAAUGUUACCGUGGCGCAAGAAAGCAGAGUUCUGUGUGUUCAACGAGGAGUUGAUGGCCCGCGAAGAGGCAAGCUUCCUGCGGUCUUUCUAUAGCAAUAAUUUGAAAAUCUACUACAUACAUUCGGAGGGUCUGUAUCGAAUAUUUGCGGAAAACCCGGAUGUGGGUCCGUACGUUGAGCUGAUUGUCUUCCAACGGGAUGAUGCGCAAUCAAUGUACAAACGGGUGGGUUGGAAGCGUCGAAUGCUGCCCCCGCACUGCGACUGGACUCCUUCGUUGGAUUGCUUUCCGAUACAUUUGCUGGAAGCAUCGCUGCCUCGUCGCAAGCUGGGGCGUUAUUUCUACAGUGUGCCAAUGGGGGGAAUUGAGCUGCAGAAAUACCACUACACGCAUAAUUGGUGGAAAGAUGUGCGGGUGUUAAACUGUUAGGUAUAUAUACUAUAUAUCUAAUAAAAUAUAUGCACAAAUAACAAAAUUCAAGUUAUAAGAAUCGUUUGAAAUAAAAAAUGAAACCCAUUCAA